CCACAGACAAACCCCCCCCCCCCCCCCCCCCCCAAAAAAAAAAAAAAAACAGCUCGUCCUACGCAGCAAGCGACUACACCAGAUGCUGCGUUAAUGUGUCGGACGUUUACCUGACAGGCCUGGCCGAGGUCUGAGCCGUUACCCACGGGGAGACAUUUAUUUCUUCAUAUGGGAGAAGCAUGCGGGAGAUGGUCGGAGGCUGCUGCGUGUGUUCAGACGAGCGGGGCUGGGCGGAGAACCCGCUGGUGUACUGCGACGGACACGGCUGCAGCGUCGCCGUUCACCAAGCAUGCUAUGGCAUUGUCCAGGUUCCCACCGGCCCAUGGUUCUGCAGGAAAUGUGAAUCUCAGGAACGAGCAGCACGAGUAAGAUGUGAGCUGUGUCCCCAUAAGGAUGGAGCCCUUAAAAGGACAGACAGUGGUGGCUGGGCCCAUGUUGUGUGCGCGCUCUACAUCCCAGAGGUUCAGUUUGCCAACGUUCUCACCAUGGAGCCCAUCAUCCUACAGUAUGUCCCACAUGAGAGAUAUCUGAAGACGUGUUACAUCUGCGAGGACCAUGGGAGGGAGAGCAAGGCGGCCUGUGGCGCCUGCAUGACCUGCAACAGGCAGGGCUGCAGGCAGGCUUUCCAUGUUACCUGCGCCCAGAUGGCGGGUCUCUUAUGUGAGGAGGAAGGACCAGAAGCUGACAACGUUAAAUAUUGUGGUUACUGCAAGCACCACUACAAUAAAAUGCAGAAGAAAUUGCGCUCCAGUGAAAAUGCAAGCAGCUCCUUCAGUCAUUCCAGGGGGCGCUCCAGUUCUCCAUCACAGGAAAAACAUCAUCACCAUAAACAAAGGAAGAGUCAUAAAGACAAGAUCCGUCAAAAAGAGCGGCACAAGAAGUCUGCUGACGACCUGAGCUCCCCCUUAACAACAAGCAGUAUAGAAAAGAUCCCCUCCUCGCAUCAUAGCAGCAAGGACAGCGAAGGAAAGUCAAAGAAGCUGAGCUCUCACAGUCAUGGCCACCGCAUUAAGAAAACAGGAAGCCUUGGAAAAAGCUGCUCUUCCUCCUCAUGCUCCUCCAGCCCAUUUAACACAGGCGGAUCGCUGUCAGCAACUCAGGAUUUUCAUCAGUUCUCAUCUUCCUCCCGCUUGGAACGCGAGCACGACCGUGGAGGCGAUGACCACAAUGGAGAGAAGCGUAAGGAGCGUCACAGGAGGUCUGCAGUGCAGGAGGAGGAGGAAGAAGAAGAAGAAAAGCCUGAAAAAUAUGAAGAGGAGGAGGAAGAAGAAGAAGAGGAGGAGGAGGAGGAAGAUUGUAAAUUCCAAAAGCCGCCCGCAUUGACCCCUGCAGAUUGUCCCCUGGCAGGGUCUCAAAGUCAUGAGCGGACGGAGAGCAACUCAAGCCCCUUCGAGAACAAAGUCACCAUCUCCACCUUCGGCUCAAUCAUGCGCAUCACCUCCUCCUCAGGGCUGGGCAGCACCUGUAAAAUCCGCAAAAUCUCUUCCUCAGGUGACUACAAGCCCUCCAAAUCCCUCUCCAAGCCAACUCAGGCCAGCGUCCCUCCUGUAUUGGAGGACGCUGGCCUGAAAGACAAGAUCACACCCCCACCGCUGCCCAGAGAGAGGAGGCACCACAGUAACAAGAAGAGCCGCCAUGGCCCAGGUCGCCCGCGGGGCAGCAAGAACCGAGAGCGGAGGGAGGAGGACCAUCACCACCAUCAUGACUCCACAGCGCCGCCUCCCCCAGCCUUAAGCUCUUCACUCUACCAGAGCCCAUCAUCUGUGCCCCACCCUGCUUUCCCCUCCACUCUGCCUUCCACAUCUUCCUCUACAGCCUCCUCCUCCUCUGCAAGGAGUUUUUCUGCAGGUCGCAGCAGCUCUUUGCUCGGCUCCGGUAUCUACUCCAGUCUUAAGGACCCACUCACACUGGGUGGUGGAGUCUGCAGCACCCCUCUCGCCCUCAGUGGAGGAGUCUGCAGCACCUCCUUGUCCCUUGGAGGGGCAAUGUGUAGCACUUCUCUUUCCUCAGGACUCCUUUCAUCCCAUGGCUCCUCACUGUCUCUUCCGUCUGUCUCAAAAACACAGGUUCAUUCCAGUUCAAGCACCUCCUAUAGUCUGAACUCCUCUCAGCCGUUUACCGGCUGUCUCUCUACGGCAUCGACGCUGCCGCCUCUACUGAGCCAAGGCCAGACCUCACUGCCAGAGUCCGACAUUGAUGACUGCCGCUUCCAGUGUCAGGGAAACUCACCCAGAGAGAGUCUCUCCUCACAGUCUCCCAUGAGCUGUCUUCCUCUUCUGUUUGACCUGAGAGAUGGGCUGGGCUCUGGGGUCAGAGUCCGUCCUGAGAACGUCCCUCCUGCAAGCUCCCACAUCGAACUACUGUUGGAGAAACAUGGAAAUGGAGAGAUGGGAGUAAACAUUGUGGACAUGUUAAAGUCACUUCACUCGCUGCAGCAGGAGAACCAGCGCCUACAGGACCAGAUCCUCAGCCUGACGGCUAAAAGGGAGCGGCUGCAGUUGCUCAACACGGAGCUGGCCUCUCCUUUUCAGCCCCAUUUUCUCUCCGGACCGGGCCUGCACUCAUCCGCACAGAUCAGCUUUCUGUCAUCCUCUCAAGACCCCUUGAGCACCAAUAAGAGUCCUCUGUCCAAAAGCUGCUUCCUGAAUGACUCCUCCUUUGUUACUUCAUCAGAGGAGCUUCAUUCCGGCAGCCCGUCACGUAGCAGUUCCUCGCUCUCCUUCCAGGGAACCCCCCCUCCUCAGCCGAGCCCCGCCUCUCUUGGCCAGCCGCUGCUGAACGGUUUGAGCAGAGGGGCGACCGACAGUCUGGCCAGCAUCAGUCAGUCCGGCAGCACCACUCUGCCAGUGGUGGGUGGGCUCAUGGCGUCCAUCACGGGGAGUCCCCAGCUGAACAUGAACGGCGUGCUCGGCGGGCUGAAUGGCGUGAUCCAGUCUCCUGCACAGGGUGCUCAGCAGCCAGCGCUCCCUGCCCUUCGCCCCCAGCCUCCGCCGAUCAACCCCCAGUCACUGGCUCAGGGCUUCCAGCUUCCCAAGAACGUGAGCCCGUCUUCUCAUCUGACUGAGCAGCAGAAGCAGCUUCUUCUCGAGCAACAGCAGCAAUUCCAGCAGUUCCUCGCCUCACACAACUUCACACCGGAGCAGCAGGCAGUGAUCUACCAGAUGCUGCAUCAACAGAGACAGAGGGAGCUGCAGCGCCUCACGCUGGCCGGAGCGCUCAGCUCAGCCCCUAACUCACCCAUGAUCUCCCAGUCGCCCAACCUGCUGUCCUCAGCGACAGCAUCUCCCCUGCAGGGCGGUCCAGGAGGUGGUCUCUUUGGUGUGCAGGACAACGUGCUCCACAAACCCGGGGUGAGUGUCGCUGCAGGAUUCUAGCUGUGCUCAGAAACA